AUGAUGAUCGGCUCCAAUCUGUUUGGCCUGGGCCUCUGCGCUCUCCUUCUGCCGUCGCUGGCUGUCACUGAAAGCACGUCGACGUUGCCUACUGCUGCGGCGACUUCGACUGCGGUGGCGGCCGUGCAGCUUGACGACCUGGCCAGCCAUGCCUACAACCAGACGGUGGCCAACCUGACGGCCGGGUCCAACAGCAAGCGUGGAGGGUGUACCUUGGAGACCCUGAAGGUCCGUCGUGACUGGAGCACCUUCUCGAAGGCAGAGAGAAAGGAAUACAUCAACUCGGUGCUGUGUUUGCAGAGCUUGCCGGCUCGGACCCCUGCCAGCCUCGCAGCGGGUGCAAAGACUCGCUACGAUGACUUUGUCGCCACACACAUCAACCAGACACUGUACAUCCACUAUACUGGAACGUUCCUUGCCUGGCACCGGUACUUUACGUGGCAGUUUGAGCAAGCCCUCCGUGAUGAGUGUGGCUUCACUGGCGACUUCCCGUACUGGAACUGGCCUGCUACAGCCAACAGCCUGGAGGACUCGGCCGUGUUCGAUGGCAGCGACACCUCCAUGUCCGGCAACGGCGAGUACGUGAGCAACGAGUCGGAGAUCAUCCUCUACCUGGGCGACACCCCCCCGGUCGACCUGCCUCGCGGUACUGGCGGAGGCUGUGUCACGUCGGGUCCCUUUCUCAACUACACGGUGAACAUGGGCCCUGCGGCGCUGUCCCUGCCCGGCGGCACGACGCAGUCCUCGGCCAACCCGUUUGACUAUAACCCGCGGUGCCUGAAGCGGGACCUGACGACGGCGAUCAUCGAGCAGUACGCCAACUACACCGCAGUCGUGGACCUGAUUCUGGCCAACAAUGACAUCUGGGACUUUGAGAUGGCCAUGCAGGGCGUUCCGGGCUCCGGGUCCAUCGGCGUCCACGGAGGCGGCCACUACGCCAUGGGGGGCGAUCCGGGGCGCGACGUCUACGUCUCCCCUGGCGAUCCGGCGUUCUGGCAUCACCACGGCAUGAUCGACCGCGUCUGGUGGAUCUGGCAGAGCCUCGACCCGGCCCACCGGCUGGAGGCCAUCUCCGGCACGGGCACCUUCUUGAACGAGCCGCCGUCGGCCAACACGACGCUGGACACGGUCAUCGACAUUGGCUAUGCGAAUGGCGAUCCCAUCGCCAUGCGUCAGCUCAUGAGCACCACGGGGGGUGACUUUUGCUACAUCUAUAUGUAG